CUGUGUUGUGUCUCUGUCUGUGAGUGCAUGCAGUGAAAUGGCUGAAGCAAGUGUUUCAGCAGAGCAGUUCAGCUGUUCAGUGUGUCUGGAUUUGCUGAAGGAUCCAGUAGCCAUUCCCUGUGGACACAGUUACUGUAAGAGCUGCAUUACAGACCACUGGAAUCAAGAGGAUGACAAGAGAGUCUACAGCUGCCCUCAGUGCCGACAGACAUUCAGACCAAAACCUACUUUAGGCAAAAACACCAUGCUGGCUGAAGUGGUGGAGCAACUGAAGAAAACUGAACUCCAAACUGUUCCUGCUGGACCUGGAGAUGUGGAGUGUGACGUCUGCAUUGGAAGAAAACACAAAGCUGUGAAGUCCUGUCUGGUGUGUCUGAAUUCCUACUGUCAAAACCACCUUGAACAACAUGAGAAUCUCUUUAAAGGAAAGAAACACAAUCUAAUGGACGCCACUGGACGACUACAGAAGAUGAUCUGCCAGAAACAUGAAAAACUGCUGGACAUUUACUGCCGUACUGACAAGUGUCGCAUUUGUGUGCUCUGUGUGGUGGAUGAACACAAAAAACACAAAACUGUCUCAAGUGCAGUGGAGAGGGCCGAGAAACAGAAACACUUGGUUCAGACACAGAGAAAAUUCCAGCAGCAAAUCAAGGAGCGAGAGCAGAAGCUUCAGGAGCUGAAAGAGGCUGUGGAGAUUCACAAGCGCUCUGCACAGACAGCAGUGGAGGACAGUGAGAGGAUCUUUACUGAACUCAUCAGCUCCAUUGAGAGAAGACGCUCUGAGGUUACACAGAUGAUCAAAGAUCGAGAAAAGAUUGUAGUGAGUCGAGCUGAAGGUCUCUUGAAAGAACUAGAGCAUGAAAUUGAUCAACUAAGGAGGAGUGAUGCUGAACUACAACAGCUUUCACAGACACAUAAUCACACCUAUUUCCUCCAGAGUUUCCCGUCUCUCCCUGUUCCUCCUGGAUCUCCAGAUGUUCCCAGCAUCACUGACAGUUCUUUGGAUGUUGUAGGAAAAUCAGUCGCUAAACUGAGACAGAAACUGGAGGAUUUCUGCAGAGAAGAGAUUGAAAAACUUUCUGGAAGAGUGACAUGCAUCCAGAUCAUUCCCACCCCAGAAUAUGAGAGCAGGAAAGACUUCCUACAGUAUUUCUGUCGAUUUACUCUGGAUCCAAACACAGUGCACAAACACCUCCGUCUUCCUGAGAGGAACAGAGUGGUGACUUACAGUAGAACACGCCAAGAGUGUCCUGAUCACCCAGACAGAUUUAGUUUUUGGCCUCAGGUGUUGUGUAUUGAGAGCGUGCGUGAACGCUGCUACUGGGAGGUUGAAUGGAGUGGUGAUUAUUGUGUGUGUAUAUCAGUGUCUUAUCAGAGUAUAAGCAGGAAGGGAUGGGGUGAUAAGAGCAAAUUUGGAGGUAAUGAUCAGUCCUGGAGUUUAAUCUGCUCUCCUUCCAGUUACACAUUCUGUCAAAAUAACAAACAGACUGAACUCUCUGCAGUGUCAAGCUCCCAUAAAAUAGGAGUGUAUGUGGAUCACAAAAUCGGAAUUCUGUCCUUCUACAACAUCUCUGACACAAUGGCCCUCAUUCACAGAGUCCAGACCACAUUCACUCAGCCACUCUAUCCUGGGUUUAGGUUUAUAUUUCCAUUUGUGUACAGAUUAUUUGGAUCAGCUGAAUAUCCAACAGUGAAACUGUGUGACAUAAAAUAGAUGGUCCAUGGAUUCCGCACAUGCUGAUUUGCCUAAAAUAGUUAAUGGGAUUUGACAGAUGUUGCUGCUUAGUAACAAUACACACUUGUUGAUGUAACAGAUUUGAUUAGAUCUAAAAAAAAAAGAUAAGAAUAAAGAGCUUCAGAUCUUCAAUUCUACCCUUUAUAGAAUAAUGCAUUUACAUGUAUGUGGGAUUGCGGCAAUAUUUUAUGCCUGAACACGUGUUUACAUUUCUAU